AUGGAGCUGUUUCCCGUGCACCUCCCGCAGCCACGCGCCGUGCCGCGCUACACAACCCCCAGCAGCUGGCACCCGCACAUCUACGAGAAGACGCUUCACGAUCCGACGCCACACUUCAUCGCCGACAUCUUAGACCGGAUCUCGGAGGGGAGCAGCAGUGGUACGUCUAACGGAAGGACGUCGGUAGACACGACCGCGUCGAGUUCGAGCGAACACGCCGUAGCUCUACCAGCGACACCGCGCGACAAGUCACAAGGUUUAGAGGGCGUCGCCAAGGAGAAGUGCAGCGGCAACAGCAAGAGAAAAAAGACGAAAGGGGAAGAGACGGAUGACGACAGGAAGAAGAAGGCGCGCACGACGUUUACGGGUCGGCAGAUAUUUGAGCUGGAGAAACAGUUCGAGCAGAAGAAAUAUCUCUCCUCCAGCGAGCGAUCCAGCAUGGCGAAACUGCUCAAUGUUACAGAGACACAAGUGAAAAUCUGGUUCCAGAACCGUCGCACCAAAUGGAAGAAGGCGGAGAACAUAUCAAACAUCGAGGCUGCUCAGUACAAGGUGGGCGCUGACGGCGCGCGACCCAAGCAAAAGGAGCCGACGACGACGACGACGACGACGACGACGACGACGACGACGACGACGGCGACGACGAUGCAGACACAGGAUACCGACGCAUUGCCGUGCAUCGCUCAAGUCGACGCCGCCGCCGCCAUCGUUGUCGUCGCCACGGCACCGAUCGAAGCGACCCCUACAGGUAAAACGAACAACAAUUACAAGCCGGCCAGCGGCACCUUGAGGGAGAAGAUGAAAGCUGACAGCGGGGAGGGCGGCGAGUGCGACGCCGCCGAUAUCGAUACGAAGAACAACAGCGACAACGGCGGCUGUGGCGGCGGCGACAACGAUGACGACAGCGAAGCGCGAUUCCUGUGUCUGGCCACGCGCGACGUGCCGAAACCCAAGCUGGACGCGCAGACGGCGCAGAGCAAAGCAGACAAGAAACACGAUGCUGGCCUCGCCUCAUCCCUGCCAAAUGGCUCAGCUCCGCUCGAUGUUCAGUAAGAUACGGGGAGGCGCAGAUGGGGGGCUGGAUUAAACCCCCGCUUCGCGCCCGCCGCUGUCGUGAUCGCGCUCCGACUCACAACCGUGCCUGCCACAACAUUCCUGCCAUUUGAAGAAAACUUAAGAACCGUCGUGCAUGAAAAAAAAUCACUCCGGGGGCGCGAUAUGAUACACGUGUUUUUCAGGGUGAGCGCUCAUCAGUCGUAUAGCUGCCUCGUUAACGCGUCUGCGUGUGAGUGCGCGCGUGUGUGCGUGGGCACGUACGUCCGUACACGGGCCGCCGUCGUUCGCGUAUAAACUCGGCUCCGUGGGCCGAUCACGACGCGGUUGCGCCAAUCGCGCCGGCGGCCGGCUCGCUGUCACUUCCACGCAAGCAGGAGAGACUCAGGAUCGCUAUUUAUGAUAAUUGGUCGCAGCAGUUUCAGCGACUGUCGGCUUCAUUAGGCGCUGUAAAAUGGCUGUUAAUAGUCUAUAGCAAUUUGCGCAUUUUUCUUUCGUCGCGCGAGAGUUGUCGUGAAGCGUGAUCAGUUCGUCGUCAGCGCUGAAUGGCGCGUAAUUGCCGCGUCUCCUCGAAUCGUACACUCGGAAUUAUCACAGAACCUUUAACAGAUAUUGUAAUUAUAUUUUCUUGUGCGCCGAUGAUAAACCAAACGCAAGUGCGUCCGUGUGAUUAGUUAAUUAGAACAAGUAAACGUGUGCACCCACAGAUGCAGAUCCAUACGAACAUACAAGUCAUGCAGACACACGCUCAUACGUACGCACGCACGCAUGCACGCUCGCACGCACGCAU